GUAUCCCGCCUCUGCCCUAUUAUUGGUGCUUAAAGCGUCUUUUGCGCUUUAAUCACAUAAGUAAAUGGAAUGUGCUAAAUGUGAAAUGUUGAUUGGUUAGUAAUAUUCCGAACGCAUCCAUGCAGAGUCGUGGCGUGGCUUUUGAUUGGUUCAUGUUCUUUCUUGUUACCCAAUCCCAGAUCAAUGUGGCGGAAGUAAGGCGGGAUGAUGCGCAGAAUGCCGGCAUCUGAUUGGGUAGGCGGGUUGCGCAGCGAUUUUGAAUUUGGUAGUGUUGUCUUUUGGUGGCCUGACUAAUAGAUGAAUGGGAGCGGCUUCCUGCCACCAGUUGUACGAAAAUGGCAAAAUUUAUACAAGCAAGAAGGAGACCAGGAAAACACAGAAAGAAACUGUGGCAAGUGAAGAAAUCUAAUUGUUCAAGACCCAGCCAAACACUGAUUCCAGAUCAAGUCGUAACAAGUGGUUCCUGGCAUCUAAAUCUGCUUCUGGUUGGCAGUUUCAUUAGCCUUCAAAACACAGGGAAUUUUCUAGUGAAUGCAUUUCUUUCUUUGUACUGGUGGAGUCACAACAGAGUAAAAAAGCACCUUUUGUUGGUAAAGAAUACAAUAUUCCCACCAAUCAUCUACCAUCGGGAACUCCGAGCUCUUAGACAGCGACUGCAGAAACUUGAAGCAGAGUUUUCCAUGUUGCAGACCUCAUUUGCUAAUAAAAUACAUGAAACCAGCUUGACAGAUAACACCUGUUGUAGAUGUGGCAAUUCUAAAACCAUCACUCCUAUCAUACCUCUCCAUUCUGAGACAGCCAACCAAAGUACCCCAACCUUACAUCCUCCUCUGCCACCACCCCUGCCACCACCUCCUGCCCCUCCUUUACCGCCUCCACCACCCCCAGUUCUUGCGACAUCCUUUCCACUAAAAAAGUCUUCUCUUGUUCGGGAAAAAACGGAAAGUGCCAAAAUAAUUAAGGACGACCCCUUGAGACAAAGUGGACCUGUUCAGAUAAGACUUAAAGACAUUCUUAAUGUCAGAUUAAAGAAAACAAAAGAUUUACAAACUGAUGGAUUAGAUCAGAAAACAGGACUUCCACCUGUUUCUCUGUCUGAGUUGCAGGGAUUAAAUCUGAAAAUGGCUUCAAAGAUGGUGCCUCGUCGACUAGCAAACAUUUUCAAAGAAGCUUCAAAUUGUAGCCCAUUAGACUUAAGAAGACGACUUAAGAAGGUCAACAUGGUGAGGAGUCCUGGAGGAACACCACUGUAUAACAGAGAUAACAAAGAGAAUGGCACCGGGCUGAACCCAUUAAUGACAAAGGCUCUUAGGCAGAAAUUUCAGAUGGCUCAUCCAAAAAGCCCAUCUCCAUUGCGAUCAUCUCCAGGAAACAGAAGCUUUGAAGAGUUGCCUUAAAGCCACUUGCUUUUUCUCCAAAGACGUGCUACUGUUUGCACUAUUACUGUACUAUUUUUAAAACUGUUAUGUAUAUAUAUAUUUUUUAAUAAUCUCAGUAUUGAUUCAGUUGAUGGAUUGCCUAUGCCACUUCAGGAUUCUGUUUUUGAAGAAAAAAAUGUUUUUAAUAUGAGUGGUGCUAUUAAACAUUUAAUAUGGUUUAUAAGCAGCUGGGGAUAACUGUCUGAAUAUUAACAAUUAAUUUGAUCUUGGUAAUUCAUCAUUCAUUGAUUACUUAUAGGCAUCUAUAGGGACAGGGUUUCAGCUGGAUAAACCUGUCUGCAAAUUUAAAGGAUAACAGUGUAUCAUAAACCUCCAGCAACAAACUCUUGUAAGCUGUACUGUUUUAUUAUGUGCAAAAAACAAUAUGGCAGCUACCAUUGCUUUGCCUAAUUUAAAAUAUGCUUGGCCCUUUUACUUUAUUGCCUUAUGAAAAAUAAUCGUUCAAUGACAGAUCCGCACACACACAAGGUUAUGCAGUCGGGGAGUUAACCCCUUUUAUUUUGCUACCAGUAUCAACUUUUCGGGGGGAAACCCUCCCUUCAUCAGGAAGAAAUAUAUACCGGUUUCCAAGGAGAGGAUUGGACUUCAGCAAAAAGUGACUCCCUUUUUUUGUUCUAGUUUCAUUCUCUUUUUUGCAACAUGCGGGUCUUCUUUGCAAUGUUCUGGUAUUUUCUCUAAGAACCACUGAAAUUAAAAACAGCACUUUGUUUAAAAGGAAAUCAAUAAAACCAGGGAAAUACCAGGAAAGAGUGUGAAAGCUACACAAUGGUUUGUUACCAAAUUUCGUGGAGAACCACUAUCCUUCGGUUAGGUGCACCAUAGCUAUUUAGCCUGAUGAGCAUUUAUAUCUGGAUUCCCUCUGUAACUGAGUCAGUUGGUUACAUUGCCAAUAACUGACUGCCUUAGUUUUAAAGAGGAAGUAUAACAAGACUAAGCCUGACCACUCAUGCAUCUAUAUUCAGCCACCCUGUUUACAUAGUGUGGUGCUUAUGGCGAAUCUCCACUAAACCAAUAUCUGGUUGUAUGUGCCAAUGAGAUUGCUAUUAGCCAAUAGCAAUUAGAGAGGAUGCCUACAAUCAUUUCUCUCUUGUGUGUAUGUUGCUCUUGUGAUCUUGUGACAGUUGUCUAAACACAAUCAUUAAAACAAGCCUAGGGAAGAAUGUAAGACUGCAGUGUUAGUACUGGUUAUUUCAAUUGUUGGAUAAAUAUGUUAUUUCCUAGAGCAAUAUUUAAACAAAGAAAAGACUGAAAUGCAUCUUUUUGAGUAUUAAGCAUGCUAAAAUGCUACCUUACAUUAUCUGUAGCCUUACUUUUAUCACUUUGACACUUUUGCUGGUCUAAGUAAUAGAAAACAUCAAAGGAAGUGCUACAAAUAAUCAUAACUAUUUUUUGGAUACAUUUAUAUAAUUUUAUAAGCAGAUAAGUCUUGGUUUUGCUGCUUCAGAAAGUGAAUGUAAAGCCACAGACUACUGCCCAUUAUAUUGUUUUAUAAAAGCCUGUAUUAUAAGUGUCUUUGUAAGUGUUAUAUCUGUGUACUGCAUUAUUUGUCUUGUUCUAUGUUUUGUUAUGUUCUCUUUUGACAGCACACAUUAAAUGCUGCUAAUGUAAAAUCCA